UGAGCUUGUGGUGUAAGCUUCUUCGGAUGGAAAGAUUUAUUUUGGCGCCUCUUUCAGUGUUCUUUUGAAUCCUCUCCUCAGUGACCCACUUCACCCAAUUUUCUAUCUUCCCUUCGGCCGAUCCCUUUGUUCUCAGACACUGAAUCUUUGACGGUCAGAAUCAAAUGUCGGCAACCAUGGAGCAGCAACACAACCAUAAAGCACCCCAACAACAAGAUGAAGCCGAAGAGAUACAACAUGGCCCUUUACCCGUUGAGCAACUUCAGGUGUCGGGCAUAGCCGCCACGGACGUUAAGAAGCUUAAAGACGCGGGCAUUUACACUGUUGAAUCCGUUUCUUAUACUCCUAGAAAAGACCUUUUGCAAAUCAAAGGUAUCAGUGAAGCUAAAGUCGACAAAAUCAUUGAAGCAGCUUCUAAGCUGGUGCCUAUGGGGUUUACCAGUGCUAGCGAGCUCCAUGCCCAGCGUGAUGCAAUCAUUCAGAUAACCACGGGAUCCAGAGAGCUUGACAAGAUAUUGGAAGGUGGAGUUGAGACCGGUUCUAUCACUGAGUUAUACGGUGAAUUUCGAUCUGGGAAGACUCAGUUGUGUCACACUCUUUGUGUCACUUGCCAAUUGCCACUAGACCAAGGUGGGGGAGAGGGUAAAGCUAUGUACAUAGAUGCUGAGGGCACAUUUAGACCUCAGCGACUCUUACAGAUAGCAGAUAGGUUUGGAUUGAAUGGCGCUGAUGUAUUGGAAAAUGUUGCUUAUGCUAGAGCAUACAACACAGAUCAUCAAUCACGGCUUCUGCUUGAAGCAGCUUCAAUGAUGGUGGAAACAAGGUUUGCUGUCAUGAUAGUAGAUAGUGCUACUGCCCUUUAUAGGACAGAUUUCUCGGGAAGAGGGGAGCUUUCAGCCCGUCAAAUGCAUCUAGCAAAGUUCCUGAGGAGCCUUCAAAAAUUGGCAGAUGAGUUUGGUGUAGCUGUUGUUAUAACAAAUCAAGUAGUUUCACAAGUAGACGGUUCUGCAGUCUUUGCUGGACCUCAAAUCAAACCUAUUGGAGGCAACAUCAUGGCUCAUGCUACAACAACUAGGCUAGCUCUCAGGAAAGGGAGAGGGGAAGAACGGAUCUGUAAAGUGAUAAGCUCUCCUUGCUUGGCUGAAGCUGAAGCAAGGUUUCAGAUUUGUGCCGAAGGAGUUUCAGAUGUUAAAGACUAAGUAAAUUGAGCAUGUAUGAAGUUUAUUUUUCCCCGCUUUGCUUGAUUUUUCUUUCUGUAAGGUAUAUAACAGUUGAUUUGUAUGUAUCUAGUGUCAAAUUUUGCAUAAUUUACAGUUUGGUGAUCGUCCAUUUCAUUUUAUCUGUGGUAAUGUGUUUGGUUUUUUAUGUCGAUAUUAAUAAAAUUGUAUUGUAGAGUUUAGUUGCAA